AUGACCGACUCUCCUCUUCACAUUGGGAUGGCGCUCUUUCCAGGCUUCCAAGCCCUGGAUGUCUUCGGCCCACUAGACUGCCUAAAUACUCUAUCUCGCACCCAUAACCUUACAUUGAGUCUCAUAUCCUCAACACUGGAGCCAGUUACAACCAGACCCAGUAUAUACCCCAAUGCCAUAGGCCAAUCAAUCAUGCCCACGCAUACAUAUAGCGCAGCCCCACGAUUGGACGUGCUCAUAGUCCCUGGCGGCUUCGGAACUCGUGGUUCAUCGCCUAUAGUGGAAGAAGUCGUUUCGUUUAUCCGGGAAGUAUACCCAAGCCUCAAGUACUUGAUUACUAUCUGUACUGGUGCCGGACUCGCGGCUAGAGCGGGUGUGUUGGAUGGGAAGCGCGCGACCACGAAUAAGAUGGCUUUUAACGAGAUGAAGUCUCUUGGAACUGACGUUAUGUGGGUGUCUCAUGCUAGAUGGGUUGUUGAUGGGUCGAUCUGGACUUCUGCUGGGGUUAGUGCUGGGAUUGAUGUGACGCUUGCUUGGGUUGGGGAUGUGUUUGGAGAAGAUAAGGCUAAGAAGAUCGCGGGUUAUAUGGAGUAUGAUUGGCAUCGAGAUGCGAGUUGGGAUCCCUUUGCCGAGUUAUGUGGCCUUUGA